AGCAGCACGCACAACAAAACACGUUUGUGUGCACUCUGUAGAAAAAAAAUUUUCGUUACAAAUUUUUUGACACAACUAAUACAGAAAUUGUUUAACUGAACGGUGCUAAAGCCGUCGAAAUUCAGUAUACAAAUUUAACUAGUCAAUUUUUUAUUGUUGAUAAUGGAUGAUCGAAGUGAAAUACCUCAAGAUGGUCCCGCUGGUAUGGACCCUGAGGGCGUCAUCGAGUCGACCUGGCAUGAAGUCUACGAUAAUUUCGAUGACAUGAACUUGCGCGAGGAGCUGCUGCGCGGCAUCUAUGGCUAUGGUUUCGAGAAGCCAUCGGCCAUUCAACAGCGCGCUAUCAUUCCUUGCGUGAAGGGUCGCGAUGUCAUUGCCCAGGCCCAAUCGGGUACUGGCAAGACUGCCACCUUCUCGAUUGCCAUUCUUCAGCAAAUCGACACGUCCAUUCGCGAAUGCCAAGCUUUGAUCUUGGCACCCACUCGCGAGUUGGCCACCCAAAUUCAGCGUGUGGUUAUGGCACUUGGAGAGUACAUGAAGGUGCAUUCGCAUGCCUGCAUUGGCGGCACCAAUGUGCGCGAGGAUGCUCGCAUUUUGGAAUCCGGCUGCCAUGUGGUGGUUGGCACACCUGGUCGUGUGUAUGACAUGAUCAACCGCAAGGUGUUGCGCACGCAGUACAUCAAGUUGUUCGUGCUGGAUGAGGCCGAUGAGAUGUUGUCGCGCGGCUUCAAGGAUCAAAUCCAGGAUGUGUUCAAGAUGCUGCCACCAGAUGUGCAAGUGAUCUUGCUCUCAGCCACCAUGCCACCCGAUGUGCUCGAAGUGAGCCGUUGCUUUAUGCGUGAGCCAGUUAGCAUUCUUGUGAAGAAGGAGGAGUUGACCCUUGAGGGUAUCAAGCAGUUCUACGUGAACGUUAAGCAGGAGAACUGGAAGUUGGGCACAUUGUGCGAUCUGUACGAUACGCUGUCCAUUACCCAGUCGGUUAUCUUCUGUAAUACCCGUCGCAAGGUCGAUCAACUCACCCAGGAAAUGACUAGCCACAACUUUACGGUGUCGGCCAUGCAUGGUGACAUGGAGCAACGCGAUCGUGAGAUCAUCAUGAAACAAUUCCGUUCGGGCUCUUCCCGUGUUCUGAUUACCACUGAUUUAUUGGCGCGUGGUAUUGAUGUGCAGCAGGUAUCGUUGGUCAUCAACUACGAUCUGCCCUCGAAUCGCGAGAACUAUAUUCAUAGAAUCGGUCGCGGUGGUCGUUUCGGUCGUAAGGGUGUUGCGAUCAACUUCAUUACUGAUGAUGAUCGACGAAUCCUGAAGGAUAUUGAACAAUUCUAUCACACUACUAUUGAGGAAAUGCCUGCUAAUAUUGCCGAUUUGAUUUAAAUAUUUUGUUGAGCAAAAAAAAAAAAAAAUUAAGAAAAU